UAAUAUCCUGGCCGCGCGGGCGCGCGAGCGGCUGAGGCGGCGCCGGGGCGGGCGCGGAGCUGGCAAGCGGGUGGCGGAGGCGGCGCCGACGGGGACUGCUGAGGCGCGCAGAGGGUCGGCGGCGCCCGGGAGCCUGUCGCUGGCGCGGUCCGGGCGGGAGGCUCGGCGGCGGGCGGCAGCAUGUCGGUGGCGGGGCUGAAGAAGCAGUUCUACAAGGCGAGCCAGCUGGUCAGUGAGAAGGUCGGAGGGGCCGAGGGGACCAAGCUGGAUGAUGACUUCAAAGAGAUGGAGAAGAAGGUGGAUGUCACCAGCAAGGCGGUGGCAGAAGUGCUGGCCAGGACCAUCGAGUACCUGCAGCCCAACCCAGCCUCGCGGGCUAAGCUGACCAUGCUCAACACGGUGUCCAAGAUCCGGGGCCAGGUGAAGAACCCCGGCUACCCGCAGUCGGAGGGGCUCCUGGGCGAGUGCAUGAUCCGCCACGGGAAGGAGCUGGGCGGCGAGUCCAACUUUGGCGACGCAUUGCUGGAUGCCGGCGAGUCCAUGAAGCGCCUGGCAGAGGUGAAGGACUCCCUGGACAUAGAGGUCAAGCAGAACUUCAUUGACCCCCUCCAGAACCUAUGCGAGAAAGACCUGAAGGAGAUCCAGCACCACCUGAAGAAACUGGAGGGCCGCCGCCUGGACUUUGACUACAAGAAGAAGCGGCAGGGCAAGAUCCCCGAUGAGGAGCUACGCCAGGCGCUGGAGAAGUUCGAGGAGUCCAAGGAGGUGGCAGAAACCAGCAUGCACAACCUCCUGGAGACGGACAUCGAGCAGGUGAGUCAGCUCUCGGCCCUGGUAGACGCACAGCUGGACUACCACCGGCAGGCCGUGCAGAUCCUGGACGAGCUGGCCGAGAAGCUCAAGCGCAGGAUGCGGGAAGCUUCCUCACGCCCUAAGCGGGAGUAUAAGCCCAAGCCCCGGGAGCCCUUUGACCUUGGAGAGCCUGAGCAGUCCAACGGGGGCUUCCCCUGCACCACAGCCCCCAAGAUUGCAGCUUCAUCAUCUUUCCGAUCUUCCGACAAGCCCAUCCGGACCCCUAGCCGGAGCAUGCCACCCCUGGACCAGCCGAGCUGCAAGGCGCUGUAUGACUUCGAGCCCGAGAACGACGGGGAGCUGGGCUUCCGUGAGGGCGACGUCAUCACGCUGACGAACCAGAUCGACGAGAACUGGUACGAGGGCAUGCUGGACGGCCAGUCAGGCUUCUUCCCGCUCAGCUACGUGGAGGUGCUUGUGCCCCUGCCGCAGUGACUCGCCAGUGCCCCCGCCCCGCCCCUCCGUCCACACUGGCCGGCACCCCUGCUGGGUCUCCUGCAUUCCACGGAACCCCUGCUGCCAGGGCGGUGUCUGAGCCUGCUGGCGCCACCUGGGCCCCGGCCCUUGAGGUACUCCCUGAGCAGGGCCCCACACCUGGGUCAGGGGGAUGCCUGUUUACACUAGCGCUGACCCCCAACGGUGACGGCUCCCUUCCCCACUCCAUGGCGCCAGCCUCCUCCCCUGCUCCCCAACUCCUCGCCCAGCUGGCCGAGGCGGGGCAACACUAAGGUGCUCUUAGAAACACUAAUGUUCCUCUGGGGCAGCCUCCACCUCCGUCCUGACCCGACGGGGGCCCGGCUCACUGCCUACCCUCGAGUCCCGCAGCCUUAACAGGAUGGGAUCGAGCGUCCCCGCGGGGUGGCUCAGAGAUAGGACCCUGGUUUUAAAUCCCCUCCCAGCCUGGUGCUGGCGAUGGGCCCUGGCCUUACUCCAGGGCCGAUGCACCCCUGCCUCACACAUGCAGUCCUUCUCCCCAAGGCCAGGGCAGAGGGCCUCACCGCCUCCCCGGCCUGCUGUCAGCUUGCAGUCUGGGGACAGAGGCCAGCUGGUAUCUGCCCGAGGACAGAGAACAUGGUCUCCCGCAGGGCCCUGCCUCCCAAGCCCCACCCUCAGAAAGCCAAGUACCUUUUCAGCUUUUUAACUGCCCCCAUCCAAGCCCAGGGAGGCCUGUGUCACUCUGGCACAAGCUGCCAGCACCAGCCACCCACACACCCCCCAGCACACCUCACACGGGACCACAGCCGUGCUGCCGAGGGCCAAGCACAAAGGCUCCAGUGAGCGAAUGUUCCAGCCCCUGGUGGCCAGGCCUCCCUUUGCUGAGCCGCUGCCACCCCACCCUGUGGGAAGUGGCCCCAGCCAUCUCCUCUAGACCAAGGCAGGCAGCCCCGACAUCUGCUUCCUCUAUCGCCCAAUCCAAAAUCGAUGAAAUAGGGGGGUCCUCUGGGCCAGGCCACAUUCACAUUCCCCUCCCCCUGUGGUCCAGUGAAGCCUCUGGACCCCAGGCUCUGCUCUGCCCUGCACCCACCUCAUCAGAAGUACAUGAGGGGUGCAGAGAUGAGCACACAGCUUUGGGCACGGUCCAGGGCAAACUGAAAUGUAUGCCUGAAUUUUGUAAACAGAAGUAUUAAAUGUCUCUUUCUACA